UUCGAAGGCGGUAUCGGCAGUUGCGCUGGGGAUGAUGGCGUGUGUGCUUUGCCUAGAGUAGAUUGGAGGGGAGGAUGUGACGGAGCCAGCAUGGAGCUACACGUGUGGUUACUCGGCAUUCUGGUGUGCUGCUCAGGGACCAGUGCGUAUCCAUCUGUGCGUUCAGUGUUUUACCUUCAUACAACACCUCGAACUUGGAACGAGGCCAAACUGAUAUGUGAAGCACAAUCCGCCGAGCUUUUCCGAGUGAAAAAUGGGAACACUAUUGACGAACUGAAGUUUGUUGAUGGAAUGACAGAAUGGAAUGGGAACUUCAGUAAACUGAUGAGCCAGAACAUGAUGUGGCUGGCCUUGUAUGAGACUCAGGACACUGCCAACCAGUUCCUCAACCACGGCUGCAUCAAGCCUAGCGACUCAUUCAGCUGGCCCUGGGCAGUUUCGCAGCCUACUAACCUGCCGAACCAGGAGUUCUGUGUCGCCAUGGACUCCAAAUAUCAGUGGAGUUUACAAAACUGCAACCAGACCUACAACUUCAUAUGUCAGCGAAACGAUGGGGACUGUUGGUUUGAUCCCAGAGACAACACCAUAGCUACUGCACAGACGUUAACAAUUGAAGACGUUGUCGUUGAAAGCGAGGCUGACUGUGCUACUUCCUGUCGUAACGGAUGGAUCAACAGUACGGAAUGCUGGGGGUUUUCAUACCGAGUCUCUGACAAUACAUGCAGAGUUCACUACCAUACUGAUUCCGCGAUCUUCAUCAACAAUACAUCUAACACCUUGGAGGUGAACACUGACUGGACAUUCUAUGCGAAGAUAUGCGUCGGGGGUUUGUUACGGAGUGUGAAUGUUAACUACAUCGACAAUAAUGUUGAACCGCGGGUUCUCAACUGCACCGAUCUCGUCACUGUGGAUGACGUGUUAGAUGACGCCAUAUGCUACUGUGAAUGUCGCGACCCUCCGCCGAUGUGGGAACCAACUAUCUCCUCAUUGUCCUUGAAACAGAAGAUUGAACAGAUUGUCGCCGCACUUACCAUUGACAGCAAGAACACUUCCGCCGCACAGCGGAAGCUGAUCAGUGUGAUGGACGAUCGCCCUAGCUCCCAGAGUAUUGGCUAUAUCGGAGUGGUGUUCCUUUCGCUAGUGUUCGGGAGCAUUAUCAUUCUCGAUCUGAACGUACUUGUGUCACACACUAACAAUCUCGUAAAAAAACUGAAAACCCCGACUUCUUCGAAUGCUUAGUGAAAGAAAACAAUCUGUGACUCAAAAGAUUUUACCCCAUAAAUAUAUAUUUAAAUCUGUAUUUAAAAAAAAGUCAAAUAUACAAUAUCUUGUUGAACAA